UCAGGAUUUAUAUCAUGUGUCCAUGUAUGUAUGUAUGUAUGUAUGAUCUAUCUUUAUAUAUCUACAUAUAUCAUGUAUCUUUCAUCUAUUAUGUUCUAUUUAUCUAUCGUCUAUGUAUGUAUGUAUGUAUCUAUCUAUCUAUCUAACCUAUCUAUCUAUGAGGUGAUUUAUUACAGUGGCUAACAAUGUGUGGCUCAACAGAUCCAACAAUGCCUGUCUACCAAAAGAAGGUCUAAGAAUGCAGCAGGUCUUCUGGCAAAAAGGCUGCAUGUCACAGCCUGACUGCAGUAUAUUCCAGAAUCAAAAACUGAGCUUCAAUUCCAGUUAAGGAAUGGACUUUCUCUGAGAUUGAGAGCAAGCAGACAGCAAUAUCAAGCUUACAUCCAUGUCUUCUAUAUAGGCUGCCAGCACAAGGUUGGCAGUCGAUAACAUUUGGGCUUCUGAGAAGAGAGAUAAAAAGGGCAUUCAUGUCUUCUUGUGAUGAUAGUCUCACUGAUAUAUUUCCACUGAUUUAGAAGAAGAGUGGUGAUAUGGGCAUCCUCCAAAUGGAUCCAGUCAAUGAUGACACUAAAAGAUUUGCUGGAGCAAAGGAGUGGAUCUUCAAGCUGACUGGCUUCUUUUGCAGCCUCCUAUAUGUGGGGUUUGGAAUAAUCCUUGCAAGCAGCAGGCACUGGCGCCUCUGGGAAUUCGACGAUAAGGUUGUUCAGCUUGUGUACAUCGGUCUCUGGGAAGCUUAUUACCAUCAGGAGUUUAACAUCUCUGGUUCUGUGACCAGAGUUCUGGUGCACAUUCCUGUCAACUCUGACUGGACCAUUUCACCUGAAUUCCAAUGUGCACAGACUCUGAUAUUAUUGGCAAUGCUGAUAAAAAUCUUUGUUGUGAUUUUUAGCUCAGCAGCAAUUAGGGUCGGCAUUGUCAAAGCUCCAUUCCCUGAGAUUCAAUUACUGUGCUGCAAAUGCUCUGUCUUAAUUCUGAUUGCCAGCAGCCUAUGUACCAUUACUGCUGUGACCUGGAACCAUGUAGUAGAGUUCUAUGGCAAAACCACCCUUGACUUUCCACCCACCUUUCCAGUUAAGAAGGCAGACCUGAUAAACAAGCACAGCACUCAUGUGUUCCCAAUAGGUAUUCUGACAACCAUCCUGUCACUUCUUGGUGCAAUUAUGUUUCUCUUUGAGGUCAAGACAUUGAAAGUACAGAGGAAUCUGUAUGGCCAGUAUGCUUUCAAACAGGCCGAUCAAAAGGUCUGAAAUGAGAGUGUUGGUGUUUACAAAAUGUGUCAGGAGACUCCAUGGCCAAAUAUCUUCUACCCGAAUGACACUUUUGUAGUUAUCUAUUCAUUCAAAAUAAAAUAUUUUUGAUAUUGA